AAAGCAUUUUCGUCUCAGUCAACACAUUCGAACAAACUAAUUUUUCUCAUUUUUAGGAAGCGUACAAAAUUUUCAAGUGCAAACCAAAAGGCGAAUCCAAAAAAAAACCACACACAUAACCUCACUUAAUGAAAAAAGCAGCCACGUAAAGAACGUUUGAGCCAACCGCAACAACAGACAACAGAAUACUUGCAUUAAGUUAAGCAAAUUACGGACUUGCAAUGUCAUAUCAAAUCAAGCGUACGCCGUACUUUCGACGCCUGUUCAACAAUAGCAGGCGCAACGGGCAGCUGCAGCGCCUGCGCGAGGAAUAUGAGCGCAUCCAGGAGUUCAAUGACCAUACGAUUGAGCUGAAGAUGCGCCAGGUGCGGCUGAAGCGACUUUUUCGCGAAAUCGAGGAUAUGAAUGAGUCGCCCAGCACCUCGCAGGGUCCGCGGCAUCUCAUAGCGCCGCCACCGCCGCCAUUGCCACCGACCAUUGAGGCGCAACAACGACGUGAACGCUUGCUGGCGCUGGAGCGCGCCCGCGAACUGGGUCAGGAGAUCUCGCGUCGCAAUGCUGAAAUGGCCGAACAAGGCGGUGGCUUCUAUUUUCGCAACGAGCUGCGCAUGACCGCCAAGAUGCGCGCUGUCGACGAGGCACGCCGGGAGGCGCAGGAUCGUCGCCAGCGUGCCGCUCGUCGCAUCAGCUACGGCAAUGCACAGUCGCGCUCCAACAUUGAGCGCAUACUGCAGCAACGAUUGCGACGCGAGGCUGGCGCUUCACCAUACGAUUCGGUCUUCUACCCUUACACACAGUCCCAUUCGCAGGCUGGUCAGCCGGAGCCGGAGCAAUACAAGCGUACCAUGUUGCAGCAGCGCCUUAGGUAUGGCAACUCGCGCUCCACGAACAACAUGGUGCGCAGCCAGAUGAUUGCUGCUAACCGUGCCAUGCAUGGCAUUCCCAACACGGAUGCCAAUCGCCUGAUUAUCGAGGAUGAGCAGCAUGAGCUGCGACAGCAGCAGCAGCGCGCAUGCGAGCGACAGCUUGGCGCGCCUCUGCAGCUGGCACGCUUCGCUGGCAGCUCGAGCAGCGAUGACGGCAUCGCCACGCCCGUCAAUGAGACAAUGCACCAGCCGCCGCAGCAGCAGCAGCAAAUGCAGCUACAACAACAACAACAACAUCAUCAUCAGCAGCAGCAAAACCAACCAAUGCUGCCAUCGGAGACGGAUAUGCAAACAGCAAUGGCGCCGCCAACGGAUCUCAAUGAGCGCGAGGAGCUGCCCAGCACCAGUCAGAACGCGCUGCGCGCAGCUCUGGACAUGAGUGUACCGGUAAGGGCUAUGGAGCAGCUGCUCAAUGCGAAUAAAACGCAUCUGGGCAAUGAGCACUGGCAACAGUCAAUUAUGUCAGCGGCGCUGCCUUGGCAAAGCAUCCUGCAGAGCCAACCCGUCCACAAGCUGCACAGCAGUCAGGAGGAACUGGAACAGACCAUGGUGACCGCAACGGGGAAUACAGCCACUUUGACGGAUGCCACAAAUACCAUAUCCGAGUCGACGUGUCAGGGCGUACAUGCUGGCGCUUCGCUACUGCAGGAGGAUCUCAUGCAAAUCAUGCAUCUGGACGAUGGUGAUCAGUGUCCCGCGAUGUAUCUAAUGCGGCGCGCCUUUGAAAACUGAUUGGAUUGAACGCACCCGCAGUCCAGAAGUUUCACAAACAAAAUACUUUAUAUACACAUAUAUGGAAACACACGUCUAAUAUUGAUCUACUAGUAAUUACAUACUCUGAUAUAUGCA